UCAAGAUUGUGCCUGUCAUCGUGUUUGAGAGAGAAAGAGAAGUGGCCGUUAAUGGCUUCAUUUAGAUGGAUUCUUCAGCUCCACAAGGACGUCCCUCGAGCCGCUCGUUUCUACUCAGAAGGGCUGGAUUUCGGUAUCAAUGUCUGCACUCUUCGGUGGGCUGAGCUCCAAUUUGGUCCUCUCAAAUUAGCUCUUAUGCGAUCCAAUAGUGACCAUGUUGUGCAGAAUGGAUACUCUUCACUUCUGUCCUUCACUGUAACUGACAUUCACAGCACGGUGACAAAGUUGAUGGCAUUAGGAGCAGAACUGGAUGGUCCCAUCAAAUAUGAGAUUCAUGGCAAGGUUGCAGCUAUGCGAUGCCUUGAUGGUCACAUGUUGGGCCUAUAUGAACCUGCAUGAGAGCAACAGGGGAAGUAGGUACAUUCAAACAAGUGACCAAGCUAGG